UGGGAUAUACUGAGCGAUUGUUACCCUUUGCCGUUUGUUAUCAGCAAAAUGUUCCCACCUCCUUUUCGCCGCUGGCCGCUGACGUAUCAACCAGCUUUCAUUCUCCCUUUAAAGGGAAUUUGCUGGGCUUUUUCAAUUGUUAUUUUUCGUCGGCGGAAACCAACCUGCACUGUUCCUUUAACCCUGGCCCGUCCUUGAUCGAGGGUUGAUAAUCCGUGAGACGGAUCAUGGCGGCUGAGUUGAGGCGGGAGAUGCUACCUGAUCACUGGUCUUACGGGGUCUGCAGGGAUGGCCGCAUCUUUUUCAUUGACGAUCACACACGAACUACCUCUUGGUUACAUCCCAGGACGGCUCUACCUGUCAAUUCCGGCCAUAUGAUCCGCUCAGAUCUGCCUGGAGGAUGGGAAGAAGGUUUCAGUGAAGAAGGAGCCAGUUACUUCAUAAAUCAUAACCAACGGACAACAUCAUUCAGACAUCCAGUGACUGGACAGAUUUCACCAGAGAACGACGAAUACAUACUGAAGGAGCAACCAAAUAUCCACAUGUCCAAACAACAGGUGAGCCAAAGGCCGCAUAGUGUGGUCAGUGAGACGUCCACAGGUGUAACUACUUCAACAAUAGGAAAUGUUCCUAUCUCAAAGGUGUUAAAAACAAAUGGGAAAGUCCAUAACUUUGGAAAGAGGGAGCAGUCAAUUAAGAGGAAUCCAAAUGCGCCAGUAGUAGUGAGAGGAUGGCUUUACAAACAGGACAGUUCUGGAAUGAGACUGUGGAAACGGAGGUGGUUUGCACUUUCAGAAUAUUGUUUGUUCUAUUACAAAGAUAGCCGAGAAGAGACUGUGUUGGGCAGCAUUCCUUUGCCCAGUUAUGUUAUCUCGCCUGUUGAACCUGAUGAUCACAUAAGUCGCAAAUAUGCUUUCAAGGCAACCCAUACAGGCAUGCGGACGUACAUUUACAGCAUGAACUCUAUUAUUGGCUCCCAGGCAGACCGUACGAGCAUGAGAACGUACUAUUUCAGUGCUGAUACUCAAGAGGAUAGGAACGGCUGGAUCAGGGCUAUGAACCAGGCUGCCCUUAUGCAAACUAAUACUUUAAAAAGAGAACCAGAAAAUGGUGAUGGACCACGUCCUAUUCAAAGCAACCAUAUCUACUCACAUAAGGGCUUUACCAAGCCAGAAGUGUACCAGAGUAAAGAGCAUGCUCAGAAAUUAGAUAAGUUUGGGUUUGAGAAACACAAAGAAAUCAUGAGAUCAAGGGAUGAAGAGGAGAGAUACGGCUUCCAAAAAGCCCCUGUGGAGGUAUCAGGCAGAAAAUUGAAUAACAAAAUGCAAGAAAGUUCAAAAGAAAGUGACAUCUUUAUUGAACGUCAUGCCUCAUCUCAACCUCAGCGCAACGGGGCGGUUCAGCCUUCUGCAACAAGUACCACUCAGGUGGACCAGAAUGGUGCCACUGUUUAUCAGCGGGGUUUUGCAGGCCAGCCUGGCACAGAGAAAGUCCAGCAUAAAAGUUCAAUGAUGCAAGAACACUGGGUGAAGUCACACAAAGGAGAUAAUAGAAGCCUCUCACCUACCCAGACUCUUCCACAUCGGACAGCCAAUCCAUCUCAGCCUUAUUCAGAGAAUUACCAAACUCUGCCAAAGAAUAUCGGGCAAGCUCCAGAAAGCUCUCCUCCUCCGCACCAUAACCUGCCAAGUGACUACAAGUAUGCCCAGGAUCGUGUUUCCCACUUGAAAAUGACACACGAAGAUCGCAAGGCCACAAAGGAGGGCACUGUUUGGCAACUGUAUGAGUGGCAGCAGAGACAGCAGUUUAAGCAUGGCAGUCCAACUGCUUCAGUCUAUCCCUCACAUGCCACGGACUUCAACUCUGGAUUACCAAAAUCUGCCUUUGAUUUUCCUCGCUCAAUCUCUGUCCCCCCAUCUCCUUCGGACAUCCCACCACCAGGUCCUCCAAAAGCCCUGUCACCCAGAAGACCUCACACUCCUGCAGAAAGAGUCACUGUCAAACCCUCAAAAGAAAGGUCUUUAGAGAUCUUGUUAACAGGAUCACCGAGAAGAGCACGUGGCCCUUUGGCUAAGAGUUCAACACACAUUGAUAGACGCUCUAUGCCUCCCAUGGGUUACAUGACCCACACUGUUAGUGCUCCUAGUUUGCAUGGAAAGACGGCUGAUGACACAUACAUGCAACUGAAGAAGAAUCUGGAAUAUCUGGACCUAAAGGUGACAGGGCAAGAACCAGUUAGACGUGCUGUGAAGCCAGUUAAAAUUGCAGAAAGCAACGCUGACGCUAAGUUGACUAGGCUUUGUGAACGAGACAAAAGUCUUCAAGAUCUGGAAGCAAAAGUUCGUCAGCUGAAGAUAGAUAAGGAUAAACUUGAAUCGGUGUUGGAGGUAACUCACAGACAACUGGAUCAGUAUAAAGGACAACCAAACCACACCAAGAAAAUAGCCUAUCAGCAGCGGCUUCUGCAGGAGGACCUGGUUCAAAUCCGAGCUGAAAUUUCUAAAGUCUGCACGGAGCUGGAGAAUGCGUGGAAGGAAUAUGAACAAACAGAAAACGACGUGAAUCAGCUCAAAGAGACGAUCCUCGGACACAUGAAGAAGCUGCCAAGCAUCCAGGAUCAAGAACAGAUGAGGAAGGAUCUGUGGAGGAUUGAGGAUGUUAUGGGAGGCCUCAGUGCUAACAAGAACAACUACAAAAUGAUCAUUGAAUCCAUUCAGAAUCCUGAGAGAGAACAUGUGCCUUCGUCAGCAGUGCCUUCCAUAUCAAUGCCAGUGAAGAAACCUGCAACUCGGCCAAGUCCCCCCAUCAGUCCAGUGCUGCCUUCUCUCGAGCCUGUGGAAACACGAGCUGAACCACAAACUCGGCCUCAGUUCAAACUUCAACCUCAAUCACUAAGUCUGCCUCAGUUCAAUUUGGAUCAAAAUUCAUUAGAGGAUCAAGCUCCUCCUCGACCACCCCUCCCCCAGAUGUACAGUCCUGAUGACCAGCCACCGGCUGUACCACCUCUUCCAAAAGAUGCAACAGUCAUCAGACACACAUCAGUCAGGGGACUGAAACGACAAUCAGAUGAGAGGAAGAGAGACCGGGAGUUUGGCCAUUACAUGAAUGGAGAUUACAAAGCAGAGCUACGUUCAUACAUGAGUGAUCCUGAACUUGCAUCAGUCGGAAGUGGCUUCAGUGUCACCGCAACUGGAGCCUUGAGACCUGACAACAACUUAAAGACUCUGCCUGGUAGAGGGGUGCCAUCAUCUAAUUCAGGGCUGCAGCAGUCAUCAACCAUAGCCUCCUACGUCACACUUCGGCGGAAAAAAGAUGAAGCCAGCUCUAAGGAAAGACCGAAGAGUGCCUUGGAGCGUCUCUAUGGAGAACACCAAAGAGGCAGAAUGAGUGCCGAAGAGCAGCUGGAACGCAUGAAGAGACAUCAGAAGGCUUUGGUCCGUGAGCGCAAAAGAACAUUGAGUCUUGGGGAACGGCACUCAAAUUCAUCCCGAACCCUGUCCAGGCCAUUCUCUGCUGAUGUUGGCUCAUGGAAGCGUGAGCAAGAGUUUGAUAUGCAAUUAUUAGAAAAAGCAGUGAAAGAUCAUAAUGGUGAUGAGGACGGAUUUGCCAAAUCAGUGCCGGUGAUGGAAGCUGAUGUGGAGCCACUGGAUUACAAUUUGGAUCUCAGUAAAGAGUUAUCAAAGCCAGACAUGGUUUUAAUUCCAGAGCGCUAUAUUGAAAUGGAGCCUGAUGAACCACUCUCCUAUGAAGAAUGUGAGGCAAGGAGACGCAAGGUGCAAAAAAUCAAAAACAUUCUUGCUAAAUCAAGUUUCCAGAAUAUGCAGACAGGAGUUAACAGCAGAGAAAGUACAGCUGAUGUAGAUUCACAACUGCAAGAGCAGGAACGUAUUAUCACUAUGUCGUAUGCAUUAGCAUCUGAAGCUUCCCAACGCAGUAAGAUUGUAGCAGCGCAACAGCAGGUCCAUCCAUCUUCAGCACCUUCCCCUCCACACUCCCCUGUAAGCAAUGGAUUCCACUACACAUUUGUCUAAACAAACCAAAGCCCUGGUUGAACACUAAUAACGAGAGAGGAAGGAAGUAUUGAACAAGAAAGAAAGUGGGACAAACCUGCAAAGCUGCUGUGAUGAAGCACAAUGUGGUAGUUCGAUAACCGACACUAACCAGCCGGAAAUGGAAGAACUAGACCUUUGUAUGGAAACAAGACAAAGACAAUUUUUCAUUGGGAGCCAUUGAAACUGGGCUUGUAUUGACCAUGAGUUGUAGAUUGGUUAUUUCAUUGCGAGGCUAUUUUUCUAUCUUGUUCAACACAAUGAUGGCUAAGAUUUGCAGACUCACAUUGGAAACUAAAGUUUUACUUAGCACAGUGGAGGUGUGUGCAGUAGGAUUAAUUUUUUAAGCAUAUAUAUUGUAUUGCACUUUUUAAAAUGUAUAUGAAUUGCUUUAAAAUGUAUGUGAAAUGCACACACAAAUACCACAGAAAGCUGGUAUGCAGCCAUUUAGAGGCAGAAUGUGUUGAAGCAGAUUUAUAUGGACCGUGCAUUUAUUCAGAACAGUCUUGCAGUGUUUGUGAAAUGGGUUUAUCUAUAUUAGCCUGUGUUCAGCUGCAAUAUUUUAUUGUGAUGACAAAUUCUGUAAAAAGUAAACGACCAUUUCUCUGGUCUUCUCAUAAAUUACAUUAAAAUGUUCAUCUAUUUUUGAAUCUCAAAUUUAAAAUGUGAUAUUCCUACCAAUUUUUGGAUCAAUUUUAAAAUGAAUUUAUUUUCUCUGAAUCAAGCACUGCCAGAAUGAACUUAUAUUGCCAAAACCAAAUGGGUUCUAUUAUUUCCACAGACACUUGCAAAGUGAAAAGCACAGCAGAAAGAUUAUUUUGAAAAAUGGAGCACAGAAAUGAUUUUGAAAUCUGUUGAAAAGUAUUGCAUAAUGUAAAUAUUAAUAAAAAGAUUCGAGUAAAGGAACUGU